GCCUCUGUUGUCCUCUGGUCGUGUAGGGCCUGUGUCGAAGGAGGAGCCUCUCCAUAUUAUUCCCCAGCUCGUUGUGGGCACUGGUUUGUCGUUCGUUCGCUGAGAUAGGAGCCCUCCAGCCUGAAAUCAGCCGUACUUUGUUCUACAGCACUCGUCGGCGAGACGGCCCGUCUUCCGAGGAGGCACUUGUGGGGCCGCGCCUACCAUGUCAACCAUUGAACCCAAGGCUGUGCGCAGCCGAUCAAAAUCCCCGACCAGGUCUCCGCUCGCUCGGACGACCUCCAAAACCAACCUUGUCAUCGACACGCAGGCUGGGCAUGACGCCGCGGACAAAGGAGAACCGCUGAUAUCGCCGGCGAGGUUCAGCCCCAUCACCGUGGGGAAGCGGCUGCUCAAGCCCUCCUCCCCCCGCAAGAUCACGAUGAGGCCGGUGGUAAAGAAGGAGAGCAUGCUGUCUAGGUACUUUUCCCAGAGCCUGCCAGCGAAGCUCUCGGCGGUUCUCUCUGUCGUGUCCAUCGCCGUCGCUGCAGCCCUCUUUUUCGGGGAGGGUGAUGGUCCCAAGCUGGUGAAGCGUGAUGCCCCCCUCUUCCCGGGGGAUCGAUUGAAGGGCGGCCAGUACAUUUCGUUCUGCACGAGCAUCAUCGCCACCGGGUGCAAGCCCAAGUACUUCGAGCUAGGUCGCGAUGGCUCUCUCGGAGUAUACGGCGGGAAGUCACCGUACGCGCAGAAGGCCAAGCUGUGGACAGCGGGCACGGGCGCCAAGGGCGGGGGGGGGAAGGAGGCGUCGUACGAGCUGGUGUACAGCGGGGACAGGGUGGUUCUCAACAAGGACGGCAAGGUGAAAUGGUCAUCUUCGGUGAAGAGCUUGCCUAAGAACAUGCGGCCCUGGCCGCUCGCGCAAUAAGCUAUGUACAACCGAGCGUAGUCUGGUACUUCAGACUUUCCCGUGCUGUGCAGUCGGAGCCCCCCGGUUGCUAGCGCUGCGGAAGAAUACCUUGGGUGACGUAAGAUACCAACCCCUAUUGGAUCGUUUUUUUUUUUCUCCAACGCCGCCAUUUUCGGCGCUGCACUCUUUCUGCUGUGGAGAAAUCGAAGCUUGAAAAUCGGUCCAGGGUGUAUCGUGUCUUGUCUCAUGUCACCUACGGUACCCUUUUGCUGGUGUGGGAGGCAGGGACGGUUUUGGCGGGGCAAAGGUAGCAGCACCUCGUGUACCCGAAGUAAAGAUAGAUUUGGAUGCGGGCCAUACAGUCAUGUUGUUGCACGAUCGAUGCAGAAUGAAGGGAUAGAGGAGUGGGGGGUGGGGAACAGUUUACGAGGAGGUGCGUGCGUAGGAAACCUAGGGUGCUCCCCCCUUUCACAGGUGCGAGAGAAACCAAUUGUACAGCUGGUAAACGAAAGAGACAAAGGAUCCAUCCCGCUUGGACUCCGCGGAAAGGGAGACCUGAUAUCAUGUACUUGUAUUCACCUCGUGGGGGGAGUGUACUACUCGCAGCCGUGCACGCCGCAGUCAUCAGACCACAGACCUCGCACCCCUACAAUGCUGGGACGGAGCGAUAUGCCGGGUUUUCGACGGCCCGGCCCUGGCUACGUAGGGAGGGGGGGCGGAUGCAACUAGGUGUGUUGUUGCUGUUGCGGGGAAUAAUAGUGACAAGAUUCCACCUCGCAUUGGGUGGUCCUGGGAACUGUGCAGGAGCGACUAGUGGGAGGAACGCUAGAUGUGCUUGGAGAGCGUCACCUAUUAUUUAUUUUUUACUCUCGUCGUGCCAGCGACUGGUGGUGUUCAUUCACGCGAGGAGGUUGUUCAAGUGAACGCAACUAACACUGAUGAUCGGAUGCGAGAGU